GCCUAUAUAGGUGGCCAUCCCACCACCAGGCUCACUUCCCAACAGGACCUCCCACCAACCCAGCCUUCCGGUGCAGUUCCAGCCCUCCACCCCCACCCGAGUUGCAGGAUGUCGAUGACAGACUUGCUCCACGCUGAGGACAUCAAGAAGGCAGUGGGGGCCUUUACCGCUGCAGAAUCCUUCGACCACAAAAAGUUCUUCCAAAUGGUGGGCCUGAAGAAAAAGAGCCCGGAUGAUGUGAAGAAGGUGUUCCACAUCCUGGAUAAAGACAAGAGCGGCUUCAUCGAGGAGGAAGAGCUGGGAUUCAUCCUGAAGGGCUUCCUCCCGGAUGCCCGAGACCUGACUACUAAGGAAACCAAGACGCUGCUGGCUGCGGGAGACAAAGAUGGGGACGGCAAGAUUGGGGCCGACGCUGAACUGAAGAGUUGCAACAAUAGCCCAGAGAAUUCCGGAUGCCCUUCUCCCAGCAUCCCUAAGGCCAACAUUUCCAUGACCCCGGUCCAAUAGUGAGAACUAAGAAAUCACACCGGGAGGUUUUUACAAUUCUCCGUCCUGGUGGCUGAAAGCUAAGAGGCUCCGACGGCCCCGGGUCCUCCACCUCUCCACCCCGGACCCCCGAUCUCAGCCCCUCUCGCCACCCUCCUGCGUUUCUGUUGAGUUUGUUUAUGUUAUUUUUUACUCCCCCCUGUGCCCUGUGGCCCUCGAGUGACACCGUUCUUCUGGAAAAUGCUGGAGAAACAAUAAAGGCUGUACCAAUCGGA